AUGGAUAAAAAUGCAGAUGUGGUGGAGGAGGAGAGGAUUUUCAAGAAGAUGAGUGUGCUUCCAGAUGAAAAGGAUUUUGUUGAUGCCAUCCUUUCUCUCAAGGACCUCCAGCGCAAGGCGGCCAAGUUGGCCAAGGCUUCCCCUUUUAAGUUUGAGCCUAUCCGUGAGCACUACAGGGAGAAGAUUAAGUUCGUGGAGAGAUCCUUUUUUCGUAAGCUCUCGAAGGUUUCCAAAGAGUUUGCUAAUUGUCUCAAUGAAACUCCCCCCGGUGGCCUUCUCUUUCAACGAUUUCAUUACAGUGACUUGAAAUUUGCUCGAAGACAACUGAAUUUUGCAAGGGACCGGACUCACAGCGUCGCCAUGACUUAUGUGCUACUACUGAGAAAGGAUGAUUGUGAUUCCGUGGACAAGUGCAAGUCCCUGACAGUGUCUGCUCUUGGGCAGGACAUGCUGGUUCAGUUCACCAACAAGAAUCUGGAAGAUGAGAAUGCUGCUGCUACUCUGACAAAGAACAAGAAGCACUUCGUCACCGAGGCAUACGACACCUUUGCCUUUGAUAUUCGAAAUGCUGCCGCCGUUGUUCCUCCUGAAACUCUCGCUUGGCUUGAGGAUUUGGAACGUGAAGAUGGCUUUUAA